CCGGACUCCUCAGGUGGCAACGCUUGCAGUCAGGCUACGGAGGGCCGGUUUGCCUGGUUAACGGUAAGUGUUUAAGAAGUUCAUGGAGUAAUAUGAGUCAGAGUAAUAAAAGAUCUGCAGGAAGUUCCUCAAGAGAGUUGUUUUAGGAAAGGAAGACCCUUCACCCAGUUCUUCAUUUACACAGCUGUUAAAUCCAAGGCACCUGUGGUGAAAGCAUGAAUAAAAAUACAUCUGCUGCAGCAUCAUCUGGUCUACUUGAAAAGGAUCCUGCCUUUCAGAUGAUUACAGUUGCCAAGGAAACAGGACUUGGUCUGAAGAUCCUUGGAGGAAUUAACCGGAAUGAAGGUCCAUUGGUAUAUAUUCAAGAAAUCAUUCCUGGAGGAGACUGCUAUAAGGAUGGACGUUUGAAGCCAGGAGAUCAACUUGUUUCAGUAAACAAGGAAUCUAUGAUUGGUGUAUCAUUUGAAGAAGCAAGAAGCAUAAUUACCAGAGCCAAGUUGAGGUCAGAAUCUGCUUGGGAGAUAGCAUUCAUAAGACAAAAAUCUGAUGGCAGUCAUCCAGAAAAUCUGUCAUGUUCAUCCCUUUUACAAGCUUCAGGAGAAUAUGGACCUCAGGCCUCAACAUUUAGUCUUCUUCCUUCUCCCCCUGAAAUACUAAUUCCAAAGACCUCGUCUACUCCAAAAACUCAAGAUGCCAUUUUACCUUCUACUAAGAUGGGUCAGAUAAAAACUGGAUACAGGAAAAUAGAAUAUACUCCAAUUACUUCUACAGACAACAGCCCUACAGAUAUGCCUAAUUCAGAUAUUGCUCCUGCCUGGACUGAUAAUUAUGGACCACGGGGAAAGAAGAUUUCCCUAAAUCCCUCUGUUCGCCUUAAGACAGAGAAACUGGAAAUGGCUCUAAAUUAUCUUGGUAUCAAGCCCACAAAGGAGCAACACCAAGCCCUGAGACAGCAAGUACAAGCAGACUCAAUGGGGACAGUGUCAUUUGGAGAUUUUGUACAGGUUGCCAGAAAUUUGUUUUGCUUGCAGUUGGAUGAAGUAAAUGUUGGUGCACAUGAAAUUUCCAACAUAUUAGAUUCACAGCUUCUGCCCUGUGACUCUUUAGAAGCAGAUGAAAUGGAAAGGCUUAAGCGUGAAAGAAAUGAUGCCUUAGAAGAAGUGAAUAUACUUAAGGCAAAGUUAUUCGAGUCAGAGAGGCAAAGGAAACUGCUGACAGAAGAGAUCCAGAAUGUGAAACAAGAAGCCAAAGCUGUAGUUGAAGAAACCAGGGCUCUGAGAAGUCGGGUUCAUCUUGCUGAGGCUGCGCAGAGGCAGGCCCAUGGAAUGGAAAUGGACUAUGAAGAAGUGAUCCGUCUGCUAGAGGCCGAGAUUACAGAGCUGAAGGCUCAGCUUGCUGAUUAUUCUGACCAAAAUAAAGAAAGUGUUCAGGAUUUAAGAAAAAGAAUUACAGUACUUGACUGCCAGUUGCGAAAAUCAGAAAUGGCUCGAAAAACUUUUGAGGCAUCCACUGCAAAGCUUCUUCAUUUUGUAGAGGUUAUUCAAGAAGUACUUUCUGAUAAUUCUUCUCCUUUAUCAAAUUUAAGUGAAAGAAGAGCUGUGUUAACCUCUCAGACUUCCCUCACAUCACUGGGAAGGAAUGGACGCAACAUCCUAGCAACCCUGGCACUGGAAUCUAAGGAGCUUGUUAAAUCUGUUCGUGCCAUACUUGAUAUGGAUUCCUUACCUUAUGGGUGGGAGGAAGCUUACACAGCAGAUGGAAUCAAGUACUUCAUCAAUCAUGUAACGCAGACCACAUCCUGGAUUCAUCCCGUGAUGAGUGUCCUGAACCUGUCUUGCUCCGAGGAUAAUGAAGAGGAUUGUUCUAGAGAACUCCCGGACCAGAAAAGUUGACGGUUUUCUUAGGAAGCGAAGCUCCACAGUCUUCUGGCAUCUCAGUCUGCAUGCGUGACUUGAGCAGCAAUACGUGACACCCAGCUCAGACAUCGCCAUCUGAAAUAGGCACAAAGCAGGCACUGCUUGAUGGAGUAGGAAAUAGAGACUAGACUUAGGGUGUUUUUAUAAAAAUGUUUUAUAGUACUGUACACAUUUAAAAGAUCAGUUGCCACUUCAGUAGUUCCUUAAGAAUAAUUUAGUCAUAUUUUUUGAAAUGACAUAUAAUUAGAUUUUAUAAUAUGUAUACUUUUGUCAUAUGAUAUUUGGAUCUUUAUAAUUUUAUAUGUAGUUCAUUAUUUUUCAUCAUAUACAAUGGCUUUUAUAAUUAAGAUCUAUAUUUAAAAUUUAUUUGAGUAUAGUAAAGUACUUCAUUUAUUUGAUAAUUCACUAAUCUUUUAUGUUCAUAUCUUAGGAAAGUGAUCUUAGCAAGCUUUUGGGGGGUUUUAAAGGAUCGUAUUUAUACAUCUAUCUCAUGGGCUACCAAUUACAAUUCACAUCAUUAUGGGGCUUUCUAAUUUUCAAAAUGCCUGUCAGACCUUAUCUCUUCCCCCACCCCAACCCCCCACCGUUACUGGGUAUUGAACUCAAGGCUUUGCAUUUGCCACUGAACUACAUACCCAGCCCAAAAUUAUUGUAUUCAAACCACAUGACAUGCUUUUUAGCUAAUCUAGUGGGUGUUUUUUUUUCUUUGUUUUUCAGUUAGGGAAAUAGUGGUUCAAAGAAAUGAAGCUCCCAGUCCCAGGACUGAAACUCACACCUAAGUCCAUGCGCAGUCCUCCCUGCCCCCACCCCAGAUCCUGCUGUCCCUGCAGAGGGAGGUCAAGGCCCAACACACAGGGCACCACACUGUAGUCUGUUGAUGCAGCUGGCUCUGCAGCUGCGAAUUCCAGAGACUCAGAAGGCACCUCUCAGUCGAACAUGCUUCUCCCUCUAUAAACUCUUCCCCCUUCCACCCACUCACUCACCAGGUAACAGUACUGCUUCGUGGUAAUGUUUCAACAGGCUUCUUUCACAACUCAUAAUUUUCUUAACUUUGGGAUAGGCUCAUAUCAGUGGCUUACCCUGCUUAGGGUGUCCUUGCCAGAGGGGUCAUUGGGGGCAGCUGAUGAGAAAAGAGGCAUCUUUUAAAAUACUACUGCUCUGCUUAUAACAAGAUGGAGGCCAGGAACCCAGCACUACCACACAGACCACACAAGCUCCUGAGAACAUAUGUAAGAACUAUCCCUUGUAACCACGUUGUAGAUGAGUAAACUGAGAUGCUGAGAGUUCAUACAAUAAGUUAAUGACUAGUCAAGAUUACUUAGACCUGAUCCUAAGUCUCCUAGUCUGCUGCAUUUCAUCUGGUUGACAAGAUGUGGUACACACUGCUCACCCAUACCUUCCCAGUACAUUUAGGAUUUAUGGUAUGUCUUAAGGAAUAGUGUAAAAUCAGAUGCAGUCAUCACCCAAAAGAAAGGUGGCAGAGUGACUGGAGAAGACUGAUGCUUCUCCUGACAGCUAUUUGGAUAUAAAGAAGCUUAGAUAAUGAUGGAAAGAUUAUUCUUUUAAGAACCUCCCCCCCCCAAUUUUUAUUAUUAAUAUUUUGUGUGUGUGUUGUGCUAGGACUUGAGCCUGAAUCUUUUAAUCAUUAGGUUUUAGAUUUCUCAUAGCAACAGAGACUGACUCACUGUACACGGGAGAGUCUAGCAAGUGACAAUUCAGUGUAUUUCAAAUGUUUCAUCUUUUCCUACUUUACACCUAAUGGUGGUGGGGACUGACUCUUAAAUAAGCUAAUUUGGAUGGGAGCUGUUGGUAAAGUGCAAAGCACAAUUCAAAUACACCUACAAGUUCUUUGGACCUCAGUUUCCCAUUGUAAAAUGGGGCUAUACCUGCUCAGUCCAAGACAAUUCAACUCAGCAAGCAAUUCCUGCACCUACUAAAUGCCAAGCAAAAGUGAAGUAGUAUUUUGUUUGUUUGUUGAACCAUCUAAAAGAGACUUUGUUAGGACUCAUUCUGCAGAAUGAUGAGAAGUGUAACAGGGAGUUCCCAAAAUCCAAAUUUUCAUAUUACUAUGAUGGACAUAAUACUAAUGUCCAAAUCAAGAGACUCAAAGUCUAAAAUCUUUUUUCUUUCUUUUUUCUCAAAAGGCUCUUAUUUUUCCUUAAAGAGUUAGGAAGUGAGGGGUCUAUUUAUUAAGAACCCCUUAAAUUUCAAUAAUUACAAAAUAAUGUUAACACCUCUUGACUAGAAAAAAAAUAGGAACAUGCUGUAUGAAGAACCUCUCCAAUAAUAAAUGCAAAGCAGCUGUCAAAAUAGAGAGUCAGAUGACAUGCUCCUAGUGUUUGCACAAUUAGAAAAUGUUAUCCUUUUACUCGGGAGAAAUGGGACAUUUUUAUUUUCUCUGCUAAGCGAAACCAACUUUUUGAAGGGUCAACACACUUGACAUUUUUAUGAUAUAUACACAGAAAGACCUGAACCAACAUUAGAACAACUUACACAAUCUACUGCAUAUAACUUUCAAGAAGAUGAAAAGAACUUGAAACAGAAUAUGCCAGUGGAAUUUUAGAAAUUAAAUACCCAAGGUGUUUUAACCACAGCUAGCCACAUAUGAUAUCACUGUGUCCACAUGGUGAUCAUGUAAAUAUUAAAUGCAAUUCUGGAUUUGCUUUCUUCAUAGGAUUUUUUACUUUCAGGCUCAUAGUACUUCUGUUCAUUUUUUAAGUUCGACUCUUACUCUUGGGAGUGGCUUGUGCUAUCCUAUCAGGAGGUCAGCCACCUCACCACCUCUAUUCUCACUUCCCCAUCACCAGAGUAUUCUCUAUCAUUUCACCCUGUGUCUUAUCCCUUUCUUGUUGCCUUCCUCAAUAAUGGAAUUAUAAUGCAAGUAAGCAGGAGUUUCUCUCUACCUUGUUCAACACUGUGUCUUCAGGAUCUAACACACUGCCUAUCAUAGCAGGUAUCCAAGAAGUGUUUGCCAAAUGGAAUAUGUAAUGUACUCUCCAUAACUAAGACUGACUUCUCGGCUUAGCUCUCAUCCUUUCGUAUUCAUUCUUUCACUUAAAACACUUACAAGAGCCAGACAUUUUGCUAAGUACUAGGGAUACAAUGCAAGACAGCUAUGACUGUAACCCUCGUGUAAUUUGUAUUCUAUGCAAAGGACAUACAACUGAAGUUAACCAAAGCUUUUCCAUCUAUUUUCUUUCUUCCAUGUCUUUGUUUCAUAUUUGAACUACUAGGCCCAUUUAACAUUCCCUGCCUCAAGAAAGGAUGCGAUGACAGAAAACAGAGAAAAGCCGGUACUUCUGAGUUCUGAAAAUCCUUAGGGAGUUCUCAUAUGUUCUUAGGGAGCUGGGAAGGAUUUGUGAUGUAGAUCAAAGAUCCCUAUGACGAGGAAGCCAGGCUUUCCUACUUUCAUCUAGGGAAUAAUUCCCCUGGUUGUGGGAAGAAAAGAAAAAACAAUGUUGUUGGGGCCCAGAGAAAGAGUCCUGGGUCCCACCUUCUGGGCAAAGUUUCUGGGAGCAGCAAAGCCCCAAUUAGGUUUUGUUUUUUUGUUUUUUUUAUUGUAAACAAAUGGGAUACAUCUUGUUCCUCUGUUUGUACAUGGAGUAAAGGCAUACCAUUUGUGUAAUGCCCCAGUUAGUUUUGAGAGUAGAAGAAGAAAGCCAUUCCUCAUCGGCCCCCUUGGAUAUGAUUGCAUGGUGUGGCUUCACACGUGCAGACCUGACAACUUCAGUGAGUUUCCUCCGCAAACCAAAGCAGCACAGGAGCAGGAAGGGGCACUGGAACUGAAUGAGGAAUUUUUUUUCCCCAUUUAAUCCACAGGGCCUCUCAGUGGAAACCAGAUGAAAUAAUUAAAAUAGACAUCCAAGCCCUUAGUCCCUUGACACUAGAUAAACCCCUGCAAUAUUCUGAAUAUUUAUGUCCCUUCAAAAUUCACAUGUUAAAAUGUAACUCUGAAAGUUAUGGUAUGAAGAGGAGGUACCUUUGAGAAAUAAUGGGGACUGAGGGCUUCACCUUUGUGAACAGGAUUAUGGCCUUUAUGAAAGAGACUUGAGGGAAACCAUUUGCCUCUUCUAUCUUGCAAGGACACAGCGAGAAGGUACCCUUUCUGAAGCAUCAGACACUGAAUGCGCUGGUGCCCUGGUCUUGAACUUGCCAAGCCUCCAGAAUUGUGAACAAUGAAUUUCUCUAGUUUAUCAAUCACCUGGUGUAAGAUAUUUCAUGAUAGCAGCCCAAACAGACUAAUCAGGGACCCAAAAGAAAGGAAAGAACUGUACACUGACUGAGUUAAUGUUGGUCGGGAUCAUGAUUCCCAGUUCCUAACAUCUCCUUCCUCGUAGAGCUCCAGUAGAGUGAUGUUUUUGGACUCUUUCCAUCUUUCAGCAGGCAGUGGUUUACCUGACUGGUGAGUAUGUGAUAAAAAACCAAGGCAUGUACUAUUUCUAGAACAUUCCUUAAAUAUACUUAUUACCUUUUCUCUGUUACAUGCAAACAUUGUGUUUUUAUUUUUCAGGUCUUUCUCAUUUCUCACCUGAAUGAUUGAAACACAGGCAAUCUACCUUUCUCUCUAUGGGCCACACCUAUCCCCAUCAACCUCUACCACACUUCUGUCAGAAUUACCUUUCUAAAACAUAAACAUGAUUCCAUUGCCCUAUUCCUUGCCCCUAUUCAUUAGUUCUCUAGCUCCCUCUGCUCUCUGAGCCCUACUUUCUCUCCAGCCUCCAGUCUCAUCCAGAAGUCACUCAGAUAUACUAUUCUGUCUGGGAAGUGCCUCCUCCUCUUUCCCUCAUCAGGUUCCUCCUCAUCCUCCAAGACUCCAUUCAUGUUCACCCCUUCUGUGAAGAUCUUGACACGUGCUGCCCUCCCCGUGGGUACUCUGCAGAAGCCAUGCCUGCAUUUGUGCAUACCUGUCCAUCCCUGUUUCUCACUCCGGGUGGCAGAGCAAGAACCUCCACUCCAAGAGAGCUACUGACCUGUGUGUCCAGAGCUCAUCAGGUCACUACAUUUAUUCACUACUUUACUUCAUCUGAUGAACUGGGUUACUAAGACUUGUGGCAUGAGUUCUGGCCCUACUUUCUCCUUUGUGUGUUCUUUAUCCACAUGGUAAUGAAAAUUGGAACUCUGAUUAAAGCCAACUAGUUCUCCUUGUGGCUGUUCCAUUCAACAUUAGCAACCAGGUAAGUUACUCAGGUGGUGGUGGGAGGGAAGUGGGAAGAUACAAAACUGACCCAGAUAGUCGGUUGUUUCUUCUCUAUUGUUGCUUUGGGGUGUAUUUUUCUGAAACCCUGGAAGUUAAGCAGAUCAACUGGGAGAGCCAUGCUCCACCCUCUAUACUGCAUACCUGUUAAUAAAGUUUCUAUCACACUCUAUUUGCAAUUAACUGGGUAGAAGAGUAGUACAUAUGUCUCUGCCAUUAGACUUUGGAUCUUUAAGUCAGAGUUCAUAUAUUAUUUUUUAUCCCUCACACCAAAGAUGGCAUAGUAAAAUGCCAUAAAUGUGUUCAGAAUAUAUUAAAAUUGUGAUUGAUAUUUUUCAAAAGCUCCUUUAACUGUUUCCUGAAAAUUGAGUGAAAGAGAAAAUGAGUUGGGAAUUUAACUAACCAUAUCCAUACUAACUAGUUCUAUUGAUGUUGGAACAAUAUAAUGGAUUUUACUGAAGAGGAAAGUGUAUGCUGCAUAAAUUUGGUCAUAAAGCUCACAGUAUGAUUGCAGUAAAAAGAUUGUAAAGCACAUACUCAAGCAUUGUUGAUUUGCCCAAGGUUUUUAAGAAAUACAAUAGAAUGAUUUUGGUAUGGGAGGGUAGAUGAAGCCUAAAACCAGAAUACUGGGUAAGUACAUUUCAAGGCAAUAGCACUCAAACUUCUGUCCUUAUGGGUUAAUUAAUCACGCUGCUAAAGAACUGAUUUGGCACAAGGGAGCUGUGUAUUGCCACAGAACUAUGAAAAGUGCAGAAUUUAUCUCACAUAUAACUAACCCCUCUGGAAUUGCUUGACUGUUCUGUUUCACAAUGGAGAGAAAUUCAUCUUUCAUCAACAGAUAUGGGAAGAGAGAACAGAAAGAAAACAAAGUGAAUAGAUAAUAAAGUUGCCUUAGAAUAUGGACAGUUCAGGUCAGGAAUCUUUCUGGAAUGGAUACAAAAAGAUAUUUAUGGGCAGAUCUUCCUUCUUUGUACUGAGCAGUUUUUCAGAGAAAGAAUCCAUGCAUUUAAUCUAAUGCCAGCUUUAUUUUUGUUUGGUGAUCACCACAUAUAAAUGAAAAGCUGGCAGCAAAUUAAAUGCAUGCAUUAUUUCCCUGAAUGGUAAAAGUACUCAAUAUAAGGAAAGUCUAAAGAAAACAAUACAUACAUAAGCACUUGGCAUGUGUUUAUAUGUGUAUAUGUUCUAUGUCUGUACAUGGCAUAUAUUUAUAUAUAUUUAUGUAUAUAUGUCUAUUUAACAUACUAAAGUUUGCAGAAUUUCAGGAACAUGACGAUGAGUGUUAACUCACUUACCAAUGGAACUCCUACUAAAAUCAGAGAAAGUGAGCCAUCUAUGAAUUACCUUAGUUUUUCCAAUUUUGCUAAGAUUGUUCAUGGUUGUAUUUCUUCUGUCUUUUUGAGUAGUACCAUAUUCCUGAUUAGUAAUUCAUGGAUUACAACAUUCAUUGUGAUUUUGUAUAUCAUUAACAAUGAAAAAUGGCAUUUCAAAUAUGACUUAGUGCUUGGAAUUUUUAUCUUAUAGUCCUUUAAGUAAAUCAUUUAUAAAAGCAUAUUUUAUCAUGUGUUUGUAUAGAUAUGGAUAUAAACAUAAAUAGAGGAAAAAUGAAACACAAAUAAACCAUGAUAUUCCUAAAACUCUACAUUCAGAAUGGAGUUCUGAAUCAGAGCUGUUGCCCACGUUU